CGCGUCCCGCCCGGGCGCCGCACUGCUGCGCACUGGCCGCGGCCCCACGGCGCGCGGGCGGCGCGCGCGGGGCCUGCUUCGGGCGCCAUGCGCGCCCCGGCCGCGGCGGCGGGCGCGGCCGGCCGGGCGCUGCGUGCUGCGCAGCAGCGCUUUCUGGCGGCCCCGCGGUGCCUCGGGCCUGCCGGCUGGCUCGGGCACCUCGGCGCCCUCUCCCGCCACAAGCCGUUCUUCCCGGUGUGGUCCAGGAACUUGAGGGACCUCUGGAGGAAGAAGAAGAAGAGGCUAGUCGGCAGGGGCAUGGGCUCGCGGAGGAGGCUCAACAAGUCCGCCGUCUUGAAUCGGAUCCGGAAGCCAAAGACGUUCGAAGCAGGGGGAACUCCCCUCUUCAAGAGAACGCCGCGCUGGCCAGCGGCGUACGCGAGAAACAAGAUUAAGAAGUUGGAUAUGCUGAACUUGUCGAAGCUGCGGUACUUCAUCGAGAAAGGCAGGUUGGACACCCGGUUCCCGAUCACACAGAGGCAUUUGUAUGACUCGAGGUGCGUUGACAAAGUCAAGGUCGGCGUGGGCCUCUACAACGUGAACGACUUCCCGUUUCCCUAUAAGAUCGACAUAGAGGUAGCUGGUGCCGAUCAGAGCUCCCUGGACAUGAUCAAGGCCGUCGGAGGAACGGUCACCAUUGUCUACAUGGAGAGGGUGGGGCUCCGCGCCCACCUGAAGCCAUGGAGGUUCGAGGUGCUGCCAAGGACCGCGCGUCCGACCCUCAAGAUGGUGCACUACCUCGAGAAGAUGAAGGGCCGCGGGGCGCAAGUAAGGUACAUCAAGCCGCUGUGGCUGAUCGAGGAGGAGCGCCGGCUGCAGACACAGUUGCGGGAGCUCCAGAGCGAGGGCGGCCACUUGGCGGCCGAGCGCCUCGCGCGCGCCAACGAGCGCCCCGGCGUCGGCGCGUAG